AUGAAGGUCAUCCGGACAGAUUGCCGUUUCGUGCUCAGCUCGUCAGCUCGAUUCUGGAAUUACUGGUUGCCGUCCUGGGGUACUUCUGGCUACGAGUCUAGCUUAUCUCGUGUGCCCAGAUGGAGCCGCUCACCGCAUUCGUCUGCUCAUCGACCCAGGAUCAGAGAUAUCUCUUAUUGGGGACCAGAUUGUGCGUCGUCUCGGACUUACCCGGUCCAAGACUUCACUACUUAUUUCCGGAAUCGGAAACUCGGCAUCUGGGCCGGCACUAGGCAAGGUACCGCUCACCAUACAGUCCACUCAUUCUUCAUUCAGCUGAGAGUCACGGCUUAUGCUCUCAGCCAGCUCACCACAUCGUUACCGACGUUUACACCCGGACCGCUCAAGUGGGAUCAUCUUGAAGGGUUACAACUCGCUGAUCCCAACUUCCUAGCACCAGCACCAAUUGACGUCUUACUUGGUGCUGACGUCUACGGUCAGCUCAUCCUGCCAGAGGUCAUCACACAUGACCCAGGAUCACCAUCGGCUCAGCUCACCCGACUCGGAUGGGUCAUCUUCGGGCCCACUGAAAGUGUUGCGUUAGCUCACACGGCCACAGCUCACCUGGCGGUAUCCAAUGAGGACCUCGAUGGCUUACUCACCAGGUUCUGGGUCCAGGAAGAGGUUCCUGAGACUUCAGAGAUACAACUCACCGACGAGGAAGGUCAAUGCGAGGAACACUUUCGGCGGACACACACCAGGGACUGCUCCGGACGUUACAUUGUCCGGUUACCGCUCAAGGCUCCGCCCUCAGUGCUUGGGGAUUCACGAACGUCAGCGCUCGCAUGCCUUCACCGACUGCUCCGGAAGUUCUCCCGUGAUGAGGAAUACCAUCAACCCUAUACAGACUUCCUCAAGGAAUAUGAAGCCCUUGGCCAUAUGCGCCGGGUCUCCGGACAGCUCACUCAGACAGCUCAUCGACAGCGUAUGGGGGAGUACACAGCUCUCGGGACGACCUUAGCACAUGAAGCUCCGGCUUCAGAAGGGUUGAGGGUCCCGAAUAGCUCGUACUCCGCUCAGGCUGUCACUUCUCCGGAAUAUUUCUUUCCUCACCACGGUGUCGUCCGAACCAGCAGCGAGACGACUAAGAUCAGAGUCGUGUUCAACGGCUCCCAUAAGACCAGCUCGGGGCAGACGCUCAAUGAGAUUAUGCAUACUGGAGCCAAACUCCAGAGAGACAUUGCUGAUGUACUGCUCUUCACUCGACGGCAUAAGCUCAUCUUCAUGACGGACAUCACCAAGAUGUUCCGCCAAAUCGGAGUACAUCAGGAUGAUUGGCCGCUCCAACAGAUACUUUGGGCCGAUGCAAAUGGGGACGUCACCACAUAUCAGCUCACCACCGUCACGUAUGGAACUAGAUCCGCUCCAUUCCUUUCCAUACGUGUCUUGAACCAGCUCGUGGAGGACGAGGGCAGUCACUAUCCUCUCGCCGUGGAGCCGCUCACGAAAGGACGAUAUGUGGAUGAUAUUUGCGGAGGUGCUGACUCGGAGGAUGAGUUACUCAAGACCGCUCAUCACGUGACUCAACUUUGCCAAUCAGGCGGCUUCCCGUUGGCAAAAUGGCACUCCAACAGUGCAGGUCUGCUCAGCACACUCAGGUUGGACAGCACCUCCCACGAUCAAAAGGUGAUCGAGGACUCGAUCACCAAGAUCUUAGGAGUCUCAUGGCACCCAGGCACGGACAGCUUCACGUUCUCCAUCGCUCGGCCUGAAACCAACUCCAUCUCAAAACGAAUUAUUCUGUCGGAAACCGCUCAGCUCUUCGACCCACUUGGCUUCCUCGCGCCAGUGGUGAUACGAGCGAAAAUACUACUACAGGCGCUCUGGAUAGAGAAACUGGGAUGGGACGACCCAGUUUCCCCGACAACAGCGCAUCGAUGGCGACAGUUCAGGGAUGAGCUCAACCAGUUGUCGGAGGUCACCGUGCCACGAUGGCUUGGACUGCUCAAGGGCUUCGACGUGGAGGUCCAUGGAUUUUCCGACGCAUCCCAGGUGGCUAUGGCAGCUGUCAUUUACCUGAAGGUUCCGCACCUACCUGGAAAUGGUAUAACGCUCGUCUGCUCCAAGACUAAAGUAGCCCCGCUCAAACGGCUGACCAUCCCACGCCUGGAACUUACGGCUGCUCUGCUCCUGGCCAAGCUCAUACGUUACGUUCAGGAUCAGCUCAAUCUCAGAGCUGCGCCCACCUACCUCUGGACGGAUUCCUCCGUAACGCUCACCUGGAUCAGCUCCCACCCAUCACGAUGGAAAGAAUUCGUGAGGAAUCGUGUCACUCUUAUCCAAGAGCUAACUCAGCCAAGUCACUGGAGGCUGGUGCCUGGCAAGGAGAAUCCAGCAGAUUGUGCUUCUCGAGGUCUCACCGCUCAACAGUUAGCAGCACAUAAGCUGUGGUGGACAGGCCCACCUUGGCUACAACAGGACAACUCAUCUUGGCCAACUCACGUUCUAGAAAGGGACCUCAAUGUGGACCUCGAAGAGAAACCGGGGCAGAUUUACUACGGCGCCGCUCAGCAAAUAGCUAUCUGGGAUCUCAUCGAUAGGUUCUCUUCGUUCAACCGACUACUUCGGAUCACCGCGAUCUGCUCAAGGUUCAUCGCUCGGCUUAGGAGGGUUCCUAAUACGUCACUCCAUUAUCCGCUCACGCUCAGCGAACUGGAAGACGCACGGCUCCUUUGGAUCAAGCUUACCCAGACAGCUCACUUCAGGGAGGAACUUCGGAUCAUCUCUCGCGGGGAGAAAUUCACCAGGUCCCAUCCGCUUACCAAGCUCACCCCGUUUAUCGAUCGUCAAGGGAUCCUGCGUGUUGGUGGACGGCUCAGGUUCGCACAGCUCGACCCCGAUAGCAAAAAUCAAGCUAUCAUCCCAAAGGAAUCGCAACUAGCUCGCUUGCUGAUAAGCCAAGCUCACCUAAGGACACUUCACGGCGGGACACAGCUCACUCUUCGUCAGCUCAGGACAGCUUACUGGAUCCUCGGAGGCCGAGCUCCAGUACGCUCCUUCAUCCUUAAAUGCGUGAAGUGCGCUCGACAACGUGGAAUACGUGCUCAACAGCUCAUGGGACAGCUGCCACCAGCCCGACUCACCCCCGCUCGCGCCUUCCUCAACACGGGGGUUGAUUACGCCGGCCCCAUAUCGCUCCGGUCAUGGAAGGGACGGGGCCACAAGUCAUACAAGGGCUGGUUGGCUAUCUUCGUCUGUAUGACCACCUCAGCCGUGCAUCUCGAGGUAGUAUCAGACUACUCAGCUGAUGCAUUCCUAGCGGCAUACAGACGUUUCUCCAGUCGGCGCGGGAUCGCUCACACCUUAUUCAGCGACUGCGGUACCACCUUUCUCGGCGCUGAUAAGGAGCUCAGGAGGCUAUUCUUAGCAGGAUCAUCCGAAUCUCGACAGCUCGCCCAGCUCCUCAUUCAAGAUGGGACUCAAUGGUCCUUCAACCCUCCAAGCGCACCACACUUCGAAGGCAAAUGGGAGGCGGCAGUGAAGUCGGUGAAAUAUCAUCUCACCCGGACUAUUGGGGAGGAUCUGCUCACCUUCGAGGAACUCACCACCUUGCUCACCCAAGUUGAGGCAGUUCUCAAUUCACGGCCGCUCGAACCGCUCACUGAUGAUCCUGAUGACUGCUCGGCUCUGACCCCAGGGCAUUUUCUCAUAGGCCAGGCUCCUACAACUCUUCCAGAGCCAUCAUUGGAGAAUCUUAACAUCCCUAGACUCUCCCGAUGGCAGCUCAUCCAACAAAAACUCCAAGGGUUCUGGAAGAUAUGGUCCACAGGAUAUCUCCAACGUCUACAGGCCAUAUCCAAGUGGUACCACCCGACUCACGACAUCAACGUCGGCUCUUUAGUCCUACUCACGGACGAGAGGUUUCCUCCAUCAAAGUGGCCUCUCGCCCGAGUGACCGCUCUUCACCCUGGCAAGGAUGGGCUUACGCGAGUAGUCACGCUCCGGACCGCUCAGGCGACGUUAACGCGCCCAAUCGUUAAGCUCGUACUCCUGCCACUCGUCAGCUCAUUGGCCUUCACCUGGACUUCGUCAACCCUGACGGAUUUACGACCCGGCACGAUCAGCGAGGUCCACCGUGAAGAUGGAAUCACCCGGAUUGGACGGGAUUUACGACCCCCCCAACGUCUCGGAUGA